AUGCGAUGGCCGCCAUGGGCUUCCGACUCGCAAGCCCAGCAACAAACCGCGAAACAUGAUGAACACGAUGAAAGACAAGCCGCUGCGAAAUCCACCACAACUUCAAAAAAGAAGGACUGGGAGUCUUCGGUAACAGCAAUAGACUGGGCUGCCUUUACAGAAGCAAGAACGAUCAUCCCGACCCUGAUCCUGACGAGCGGUUUCCUCGGCGCAUUCUACAUCCAUCGCCGCUAUCUGCGCCGGUUCCCCGACGCAGUGAGCAUCACGCCGUCAUAUUUCCGCCGCAGGAGUCUGCUGGGCCAGGUCACGAGUGUUGGCGAUGGGGAUAACUUUCGGAUAUAUCACACACCUGGCGGAAGACUUGCGGGGUGGGGAUGGCUGCCGUGGAAGAAGAUUCCGACGUCGAAGAAGGAAUUGAGAGAUAAGACGGUCCACAUUCGUCUAGCUGGGAUCGAUGCCCCCGAGCUCGCACAUUUCGGCCGUCCCGAACAGCCGUUCGCCCGUGAAGCACACCAAUGGCUGACCUCGUAUCUUCUCGGCCGUCGAGUCCGUGCCUACAUCCAUCGUCCGGACCAGUACCAGCGUGCGGUCGCCAGUGUGUACGUGCGCCGGCUUCUAGACUUUCCGCCCCUUCGUCGUCGGGACGUGUCGUACGAGAUGCUGAAGCGGGGGCUCGCGACUGUAUAUGAAGCGAAAAUAGGUGCGGAGUUCGGUGGUGAGGCCAUGGAGCGUAAAUAUAAGAAGGCAGAGUGGUGGGCGAAGUUGAGGGGUGUUGGGCUGUGGAAAGACUAUCGUCGCAAUAAGACAAAGUGGGAGAGUCCCAGAGAGUACAAGACGCGUAUGGGACUGGAGGAGGCUGCGCAGCCCCCGGUUGAAACCAAGAAAUAA